UCAGAAUGGUCAAAACCUCCCCACCCACCGCCAUACCUUCCCCCUAAAAGACGGAAAUCGAGAGCCAAGAAGUCUCCCAAACAAUGGCUCGUCUCCUCCUCCUCCUCCUCAUCGUCCCCUCUAUCUUCUCCACCUCAAUCUCCGAUCCCCUCUCCGCUUACGACGUCCUCAGAUCCUACAACUUCCCCAUCGGCCUCCUCCCCAAAGGCGCCCUAGGGUACGACCUCAAUCCCACCACCGGGAAGUUCUCCGCUUACUUCAACGGAACAUGCUCCUUCUCCAUCGAAUCUUACCAGAUCCGUUACCAGUCCACCAUCACCGGCACCAUCUCAACCAACCAUCUCAGCAAUCUCCACGGCAUCAGCGUCAAGGUGCUUUUAUUCUGGCUCAAUAUCGUCGAGGUUAUCAGGGACGACGAAGAACUCGAGUUCUCGGUAGGUAUCGCUUCCGCUGAUUUUCCAAUCGAAAAUUUCUAUGUCAAUCCGCAGUGCGGAUGCGGAUUGAAUUGUGAUGGAGUUGGUUCGACGAAGCUGCUGAGGUCGAGUGUUUAGAUUGAUUCUGUUUGGGUGAUUUGUGGGGAUUUUUAGGAUGGAUUGGAGCGAUUAGAUGGAUUUUUGGGGAAGGAGAAAUUAGGGUUUAUGGGGGCAUUGAAGGUAGUAAUUUUGGGGAUAACGUUCUGCUGUCCGUUUUUUAUUUUUUAAGUUAUCUGUUUACUGAUAUAAUAAAGGCGGUGGAAAUCUGAGAAAUUUAUUAUUGUUUUU